ACCAAAACAUCCUGUAGAACGAUUGUGACGCCACGACGCGUUGACGCAUCUUUGGCUGUGGAGGCGACUGUGCUCCCUAUAAAUGUACUUAACACGUUACUAUUAUUAUUUUUUCACGAUUUUUUAUCGCUGUGCGAAUGACAGUCCGUGAGGGACGGAGACACCUUUCAUGUAGUGUAAGCCAUCAAAGAAUCGACUCCAUGGAGGUCAUAGACAGCCCGCUUAAUCUCGCUCAUCAGCAAUGCAGGAAGGCAGACCAUUUGCUAGCAUCUGGAAAGUAUGAAGAGGCCAUCUUCUGCCAUGGCAAAGCAGCAGAUCUUUUGACAGAUGCAAUGAAGACAACAGAGUGUGAGCAGGCUCGUCUGUCAAUGGAGCUGCAGAGGGACAGUCAUAUCAAACAGCAGCGACUGAUCCAAGAGCGCUGGAAGAGAGAGGCUCGUCGUGAGGCAACAAAGGCCCAACCUGGCCUGGUGCAGCCCUCCAUCAGCCCAGCCCUCCUUACCCAAACCCAGUCCACAGGCCAGUUCCAGCCACAUGGUUCCACAGGCCUGCCAGCUGCAGAGUGUGGAGGAAUCAGGGAGAGGGAGUACGACACCUUGCUCUACCAACUUCAGACACGGCAGACUGGAGGCUGCCACCCUUUGACUCCACCAUGCCCCGGAUCUAAGACCACCAAAGACGACAAAACUCGCCUGGAAGAACAGCAAACCACCAUCGAGGACCUGCGGCGCCUGGUCGACCACUUGAUGAAUGAAAACCAGCGGCUGGUGGCCGACAACAAGAGGCUACAAACUGAAAACACCCGGCUUCACUCCGAAGCGGCUGAGGCAGCAGACUUUGUUGAGCGUUCGGAGCUCUGGGUGCUCCCACAAGCAGGUGGGCAGGAGAGAAAAAGCACCGGGAAGGGGAAGGAGAUUGCAAUUCCUCAGCUGCCACCACUGGAGAUGCCAGCUCAGGAAGAUCUGUGUCUGGACGACCUGCCUCCUUUGGAGCUGCCAGAGGACAUCCAGAAUGAACUACAGGAGCUACUGGACAGGGAUAAACUGUGAUAAGAGAUCUCUCUCUCUCUCUCUCUCUCUCUCUCUCUCUCUCUCACACACUCACACACACACACACACACACACACACAGGCAAUGGGGUUCAACCAAUAUGGCUUGUUCACCCCUAAAUAAUGUCAGUUGGAACAUCAGUGAUGUGAGGUUGUAUGUCAGUGAGCUCUGAAUCAGCCUUCAACAAAAACAAUAUCCAUUCUUGGCCUUAAAAAGUUUGACAAAAUCAUUCUUAACUCAAGGUCCACUUACCAGCUUUCAACCACAUCUCAUGGUUUUCCUCUGUAUUAUCAUAUCACUUAAGUCUUAAAAUGGCUACUGACUAUGAGAUAUAGUUAAUAGUGAGUAGCUGGAUGUUGAUGUUAAUCAAAUUAAAUGUAUUUUGCAUAGUGUCUGGAAAUAGCAAUUAAAUAACUCUGAACAACAGGCAGCAGCAUUUAAGUGUUCUGAAGCUGAUAGUGCUUUUUAUCCAUAAGUCAAAUAUUUCCAUAAUAUCUUGCUCUUUGUCAGAAAUGUCUGGAGAGUAGCCAGCUUAUGAUUAUUUCAUUUUAAAAGCUAAAGAGAAAUGAUUGUAUUAUAAGCAGAAAGGUGUGUGUAUAUGAUCAGAGUGGAAAACAAUGGACGACUUGUAUGCUUCACUGUAGGGCAACCAGCCAAUGACUUUAGAGACUGAUUAGUGGAAAAUGUUAAUUAGUUGACUAUUUAAUUUAGUAAAUAUUCAAUAAGCAACAAUAUUAAUGAUCGAGUGUGUAACAUUUAGUAAGAUCUAUUGUCAGAAAUCCAUAGGUAUGUUUUCAUUUGUGUAUAAUCACCUGAAAAUAAGAAUAAUUGCAUUUUUGUCACCUUUGAAUGAGAAGUUUUUAUCUACAGAGGGAGCAUACCGCCAUAGUACAGUAGCCCAGAAACCCACAAACCAAACACUGCCCUUAGACAGGGCAUUUUGUGUUUGUGUUUUGGGGAGUUUCACAGCCACAACUACCACUAAAUCCUACAUACCUAUCCUUUUAUAUAGUCUUAUUAUUACAUGUUUUGUAAUUUGUGUUAUUACAGAUGUAAAUGUGAUUUUGUAUUACCUUUUUUUUUUUUUUUUACUUGCUGCAACAGAACUAGAACUUUGAUAUUCUGUUUCCUUUGUCUCUCUUUAGGAAAGGAAGAAAAAAAAAUCACCAUUUUCUGAAACAGCUGAGGUUGCCUAUUUCUGUUUUAACAUUUGCCUUUGUUUAAAAUCUGACAUGAUUAGUGUCUAGUCUUUAAAUCAGUGUUCUUCCAAGAAGAUAAUAAUAAUAAUAAUAAGAGAUAAUCAUGUAACUAUAGUUACAGUUUCAGAACACUUAAUAUAUGCUACAUUUAUGGAUAUUUUCUGUGUUUUGGUUCUCUGUCAGAACAUGUUCCCAGCAGCCUCUGUUGUUCUGUAAAAAUGAAGCAUCACCAACCGGUGACUUGAUGUUACACUGACAUACAAACUAUGCUGUCUCAUUUGACAUGAGGGUAAAUUAAUAAAUGUAGAAUUUGUGAAUGAACAACUGAUGUCUUUUAACGUCAGAUAUUGGUCUAACACACACACACACACACACACACACACACACACACACACACACACACACACACAGCAGGAUCAUGUACAGUGUGUACAUUGCUGUUGAAGAAAAAACACAUUGCUGCAUUUCUUAUUUCUUUUAGCAUACUUGAAUUAAAGGCUUCAAUGAUCA